AAAUGACUCCACCAGAAAGAAAACCUUUACAAAAAAGUUUUAUGAAGAUAGAAGAAUCUGAAACAGAGUUGAUGCAUGCAAAAUUUAUUACUGCAUUCAAAGUAGCUAUUUGUAACCAACCUUACACCUCCUUCUCUGGGGAAUUAGAACUUUUGGAGAGAGUUGGUGCAUCAAAAAAUCUGACCACACGUUUCUCAUCAGAUAAAUCAUGUGCUGAGUUCAUCAAGUAUAUUGCAAAGGAUAUAAGAGACAAUCUUGCCACAAAUAUUAGAAAAGGUUUCUUUUUUUCAAUACUGUGUGAUGGGUGUACUGACAGUGCUUCCCUAGAGGAAGAAAUUGUCUAUGUUCGAUAUCUUACUGAUGAAAACCAACCAAGAACUGUGUUUCUUUGUAUCUCCAGUGUAGAGAAACCAGAUGCUGAACAUAUUUUUGACCAUUUGUGUGACAGUAUCAAGAACUAUGUAGGUGUAGAUGAUUUGAAAGGCCUUAUAGCAUUUGUGGCUGAUGGGGCAAGUGUAAAUUUUGGAGUUAGAAAUGGUGUGUACCGCAGAUUUUGUGAAUUGAUGCCCGAGACAGUUGGCAUACACUGCCUGGCCCAUAGGUUUGAGUUGGCUAUCAGAGAUGGAGGGAAGAAAAGUUCUGUUGUGCAAGAGUUUUCCGACUUGUGUCAGCUUAUCUACAAGCUCUACAAAUCAUCAUCUGUGCAGAAGGAAGCUCUGAAAACUACCUGCAGCACACACAACAUUGCUUUCAACAGUCCAGAGAAUGUAAUGGGAACAAGGUGGAUAUCCCACAGAUCAAGAGCUGUAACUGUCUUGAAAAAGUUAUGGAAGCCACUGGUUGUGCACACUACCCAGAUAGUGGAAGGUAUUGGAAGUAAAAGAGCUGAGAUAUUGGGAAAAGCCAAAAAGAUAAACAAUACCUUGACAAACUUGAAGAUUGUGAUUGCCCUUCCUGUUGUGCAGGAGAUACUUGAAAUCCUUCAGUCAAUCAGCUUGGCCUUGCAGGAAUCCUCAUACAUAAUGUCCUGUGCUCAAAGCAGAAUUAAGGCAACACUCAGAUUGCUGAAAAGGUUCAACAUAGAGGAAAAGGUUGAGGAAUCAGCCAAAACUAUAGACCUUGAAGAAUUUGAAUUCAAAGGUGAAACUGUACGACUUGGUAGAGGAGAAAAUAUUGAGAAAUGUAAGGGUGCCAUUGUGAAUGAUUUAACCCAGUUUUUGAAGGACAGCAUAAGUACAAUUGAAGAGCGGUUUGGAGAUGUAUUGAGGGACCAGGAUUCUGUGUGUGAGAAUGUACAAGUGUUUAAUGUUAGUAAAUGGCCAUCCAAAAAUAGUGUCAAAUUUGAGGAGUAUGGAGAUGAAAAAAUUGAAAAGCUUUCGGAACAUUUUAGGAGGACACUAGACAACGCAGGAUUUAAAACAAGCAUGUGCCAGGUUGAAUGGCCGCAGUUCAAAAAAUCUGUGCUAGAGCUCCACGAAAAGGGCCAGGAUACAGUUUCUUUUCUUACUAGAAUGUUGACUGUGCACAAAGACAUAUACCCCAAUAUUUGUGCCCUCUUGGCCAUUGUAAUGGUGUUGCCAGUCAGCACUGCAGAUGCAGAAAGGGGCUUUUCUCUAAUGAAACGGAUAAAAACUGAUUGGAGAGCUUCACUUACACCAUCUUCUUUGUCAAAUCUCAUGACAGUUAAGUUAAGUAAAGUAAAAUUGGACAAGUUUGUACCAGAUUCUGCCUAUGGAAAGUGGUUAGCAGAUGGCAGGAGAGUCCUGGACCCAAAGAAAUAUGCCAGAAAGAUUGUUCAAGUACCACAGAAAGCUCUGAUAAGUUCAGAUAUUAGUGACAGUGAGACUGACCAAGAUACCGAGUCUGAUGGUGAUGAUGAUGAUUAGGUACAGUAGACCCUUCAUUAAGCAUGUUACGUUUUUUCAAGACGUGUGGAGUAGUAGACAAGUUC